AGAGCACAGGAUGGCAAAGUGGAUUUUAUUAUGGAUGAAGAUGGCUAUGUUAAUGUCUUCACUGAUGGCGCAUGCAGUUCCAACGGAUACAAAAACGCGCGAGCCGGUAUCGGCGUUUGGUUUCAAGACAAUCAUCCAUUGAAUGUAUCUCGACCAGUGGAGGGACGACCAACUAACAACAUGGCAGAAAUCCAAGCUGUCACAGUAGCUGCAAGGCAAGCUAAGAAAGCAGGAAUAAAAAAGCUCAAGAUAAAUACUGAUUCGAAAUUCCUCAUUUCCUGCAUCAUGCAAUGGAUGCCAGGUUGGAAGAAGAGAGGAUGGAGGACAGUGGAUAACAAGCCAGUUAUAAAUAAAACGGAAUUGUUGGAAAUGGAAAAAGAAUUGAAAUCGCUGACCAUUGCUUGGAAUCAUGUGAAUGGGCAUGUAGGGAUUCAUGGUAAUGAAAUGGCAGACAAGCUGGCGAGAAAGGGCUGCUUGCUGUACAAAUAAAAUUGAAUGAAGACCAAUAUUUAAUAAUAAUAUAAAGAACAUUAUCCUAUAAUUUUUGAAUUAAUAUAUCUUAUAAGAGAGAGUGAAAUUAUUCUUAGAUUAUAUUUUACUUUUGUAUACAUAUUGAACACUGUAAUUAGACAUUAUUUUGUGAAAUUAAUAAUCAAAUAUAUGAAGUACUUAUUCUGAUUGGAAAUAAACUCUUAAUAAAGAAUUUUAUCAAAUAUGC